GACUCGCCUGGAAUGAAUCACGUGACAUCACGCCGUGGAUCCAAUAUGGCGGUGGCAGUGCCUGGGGUGACAGUCUACGGCUCGGAUCCCAACCUCCAGGGCCACCAGGACGAAGAAAUCAUGGACGAGGUUCAGAAUGUGCGGAAGGUCAUCAACCUGACCCGGCAGAACCUGGAGGCUCUCAAUGCUCGCUUUGCAGACCUGCAGAAACCACCGUCAAUCUACAUAGAGGAAUAUGAAGAACUGACCAGCAAGUUGGACGAGCUUCAGGCGCGCGAGCAAGAACUCCUGGAUCGCAUGAGUAAUGGUCGUGACUCACCCCCUCACGAGGAGCCCCCUGAGCCACCCCCUCUCCCCCCGCCUCCCCCCACCCCCUCUAGAACCAGCCCCCAGUCCCCCAAGCUGCUGCAGGCAACUGUGUUUGCCCACCUGCCACAGACCUGCGGCUACAAGUUUCACCAGCGCUGCACGUCUGACGUGCCUGUCAUGUGUGAACAGGUGGGAGGGGACCACCUUUACAAACAAAAGGGGCCCAUCCAAAGCUUACUUGCACAAAAUUCGAACGAUGUAUUCAUCCAACCGACGACAUCUCAGCCAGGUGGCUCGAUGCAGGGCGGCAGUUUAAGAACCCCCUCCACAGGACAGUCUUAUCUCUCUACCCAGCCCAUCCCCACCCCCUCCCCAGCCCAGCUCAUCCCCUCCCCUUCACAGAAGUUCCCCCCUAGAGAAAGAUCCAUCUCUGCGCCAAACGUCUGCAUCAACAUGGUGGGAAACGACGCACUGUCACAAUUAGAAGAACUAGGAUAUGGAAGACACUUACAGCAAUAUCAACAGUUAGACUCCCCCACUCAGGCGGCUGCACAGCAUGUGCCCCCCUUUGCCUCUAAGUCCAAUAGGCGGCAUGCAUCUGUCUCCAGUACUCCCACUCACACCGCCAUGGAAGUCAGCGUCUUUGACUAUAGCCCAGCAGCCAUUAAUAAAGGUCAGAGUAUGCCAAACCAGACGCUGUCCGUGACGCCCCCAGCGUAUCUGUCAUCCUCCAUUCCCAACUCCCAGUCCAGCCCCAUGAAGAUCAACAACCUCCAGUCUUCGCCCACGGCCAACUCAAAGAACGUCAGAGUCCGGUCCAAGUCAGCUUCCGAUGAUGGGUCAGUGAUGAAGAAAAAAGAGAAGGCUCACAGGCACAAAAGAGAAGACAGUCACACAAGUGUAGUAAGAAAGCCGAGAGAUUCCAAUGAUGAUUGGGAAAUCCCUGAGGAACAGAUCUUGUUUGGCCCAAGGAUUGGGUCUGGCUCCUUCGGAACUGUGUUCAAAGGACAGUGGCAUGGACCUGUUGCAGUGAAGAAGUUGAAUGUAAAAGAUCCCAGUCCAGCUCAGCUGCAGGCUUUCAGAAAUGAAGUUGCUGUACUGAGGAAAACGCGACACGUGAACAUCCUGCUGUUCAUGGGGUGUGUGUCGAAGAACCAGCUGGCCAUCGUGACCCAGUGGUGCGAGGGCUCCAGUCUGUACAGACAUCUCCACGUCCUGGAGUCCAAGUUCGAGAUGCUCAACCUGAUCGAGAUCGCCAGGCAGACAGCACAGGGCAUGGACUACCUACAUGCAAAGCACAUCAUCCAUCGAGACAUGAAGUCCAACAACAUCUUCCUAACGGAGGACAUGACAGUCAAGAUCGGAGACUUCGGUCUGGCCACGGUCAAGUCUCGAUGGAGCGGGUCCCACAACUUUGAGCAGCCGACUGGAUCUAUUCUGUGGAUGGCACCGGAAGUGAUCCGAAUGCAGGACCCAAACCCCUACAGUUUCCAGUCAGACGUGUACGGGUUUGGAGUGGUUUUAUUUGAACUGGUGACCGGGCAGCUGCCAUAUGCACAAAUCAAACACAGGGAUCAGAUAAUUUUCAUGGUGGGGCGUGGCUACCUGAAACCAGACCCAAAUAAAUGUCGCAGCGACACGCCGAAGGCAUUCAAACGGCUGAUGGGUGAAUGUAUCAAACUCAACAGAGACGAGAGACCACUCUUCCCUCAGAUUCUAGCCUCCCUGGACUCACUGGUCAGAUCGCUGCCCAAGAUCACGAGAAGCGCCUCGGAGCCUUCCCUGAACCGAGCAGGGUUCAACUCCGACGACUUCAUCUACAGCUGCGCCUCACCCAAGACGCCCAUCCAGGGCCAGUUUGCAGCCUUUCACUUCUUCUCUGCUGUCGGCCAUAGAUGAUGGGAACUGUUGCUUCUGGGUUUCCUUGGGAUAGCUUCUUCAUGUCUGUACAGUCUUGGCCUGGGAAAGACCAACCUAAUAUGCUGUUUUAUAUCCAUACUCAGAAAAAAGGACAUUUGGAAUCUUUAAAAGUCACAGGCAUCCAAACUUUUCAUUUUCUGUUGUUAUCAAUGUUUUAAAGACAAUGUAUCCUUAAAGGUUUGUUGCCCACUAUAUUUGUUGAUGUUGUAGAUCUUUUAAAAUGAUAUCUUAGAAAAGGAAAGUACGUGUAUCACAGACUGUGAGUCUUGAUCAGAGUCACUUCGACAUAACUGUCUUUCCCAGACCUUAUGUAUAGUUUGGUCCUGUUUCUGUUAAACUUGGGGCUGUCAGGAUUUGGGUUAACGAAAUUUUUUGGGGUGCCAAUACCCUUUGGCAAAGGAUUUAGAGAAGCUAAUUUUUUUUGUAUAGAGGAACUAAUUUUUUUGUAUACAGCUACAUGUAAAUGUUUUUGCUUGGCCCUUGCAUUCCUUGGGAAUUACUUUCUACCAGACAUAUUAUGCAGUGGCCCGCUCAUUUAGAGAUGCAGAAAUAGUCCUGAAGCAGAGUUACGCCUUAAGUUGCAAUAGAACUAAAAAUGCGACAGAAUUGACUUCAAGUUUUUACGUUCUUCUGGUAUGUGGAGUGAUUGACAUUGAACUGUAGUUGAAUCCUUACCAAGGGAUUACAAUGUACAUAAACAGAACUAGCUACCUGGAUCAAAUCAUAUACCAGUACAGUGCUACGUUCAAGUGCUAGCCAACUGUGACAACCCUGGUGUUUCUUUCAACUGUCUACCACCAUGUGCUUAAACUGAAUUAGCCAUCUAACUAGUAAAGAUACUGCCCAUUCAGUGGAAGACUUGAAACCAUAGGUUGUAAAUAGCUACAAAAUGUAAACCAGGCCUUUUAGUGAAAUUCUGCAACAUUCAAUCUGAAACAAUUGGACAGAUUGGUUGUAAUAUUAUACAUGUAUCAUGGAGUUGAAUUUUACAUGGUUCCUUGCAAGUCAGUAAAGAAGAAUGGCAUUGAUUAUAGAAGUACCAUGUCACUUCUAUGAUAGCCUUGCACAGUCAUCACUGCACCAGGCUCAAACAAGCUAUGUAUAAUCUGUACCUGCCUGGAAUGGAGCUGUAUCAUGUCAGAUUAGCAAAAUGGGAUAGAGCGGCUUCUCCUCAUGUGAACUUGCUGUUCUUCUGCGGCUACAAAUACAAAUGUACCAGAAAAGGUAGAUGACGAACAGCUCAGAAGGAAAAACUCAAGGUCAUCUGAAGGUCACAUGGCAUACUGGGUAUCUGCGCUGUUUAUGAAAUGAACUCUGACCUUUUGCAGUCUUGCUUCACAUGGUCUGUAAGUGAUAUGGGGGCUGGUUGUAUAAAUUCUGUACAUAAUGUGAUCAAAGCGAGCAUAUUCUAAAGCCUUAGCUAAUAUUGCCGUAGUAUAUAAUGUACAUGUGGUCUAGCUGAUAGGAGGGGUGGUAUAUAGCAUAGCAGAGCUUUUUAGCUGGGCUAAAAUUGUUGAUUGUAAAUGUAGCAAAAAGUGUGGAUGUUUUUGAUGGACAAUAUUUAAGUAAGGUGGAACUGUGGUUCACAGACAUCAGGGGGAUGUGGGGGCACUUAUGUGUGAGGAGUUUGUUUGCCUUUAUAUGUAUAAGUAAUUACUUCUCAGUGCCAUAGAGAGAAGGGUCUCCAAAUGUUUUCAAUGAUUGUCAAUCAAAACGUCAUGCUGAACUGCCAAUAUUCCUCUCGGAUUCGGUGGAGACAGGGCUUAAUGAUAAGUGUGGAACGCUAAAGUAGACUCUCUACACUAAAACCAUGACCCCAGUUUAAAAGUGAUCUGUGCUUAUAUGACUACAAGGUGUACUUCUAUGGCUCUGUUUUAACAAGGUGGGCAAUAUGAAAUAGUGAGGAAAAAGCUGCUACAUUGUUCGGAAUGUGCAAUGUCAUGUGACAUACUGAUCUCUACAAUGCUGUUCCUUACAAAGUGUGGGAGAGGAAAAACUGCUCCCCUCAGACUACCCCCCCCCCCACACCCCCCUAAGAAGUGCCGCCCACCCCCCUGACCAUGGUCUGUGUGAUUUCACCUGCUUGUAGAAGUUGUGGGGCUGGCUCCCACCCAACCAUCCCCAUGUAUACUUCUGUAUAUAGUUGUAAUUUAUGCUGCCGGUGUCGUGAUUUGGAUGUAGGUAGUAUGUACGUACAUACGUGAUAUUUUAUGUGCUAUGGUAUAGCUCUUUUCACAACGCAGUGUUGAGGACAGAGAGAGGGAGGGAAGGUGCUUGAUGUAACUGCCACAUGGCGCUGGUCCAAGGUUUGCUUCUUACAAAUGUACAUGUUCCUGACAUGCUCAGGACAGGAGUAAUGUUUUUGUAUGUUUUGACCUAAUUUGAGGCGUACAGUAAUGCCUAAAUUAGUACAAUGCCUGGUUUGUGUAACAUGCUAACAGUAAUAUUACCAGCAUACACACGUACUGCCAGAUUUAGCUAGCACUGCUUAAAAAUGCAAUUUUGUCUACAUUGUACUAUUAUUACUGUGGUAGUGUUACAUCGCCACAUUAACUUUAAGAUUUAAUGACAAAUAGUAUCAUUUUCACUAUCCUGAUUUACAUAAGAAAAGCUAUCAGACCAUGUUUUGUAAUCAUUUCUCAGAAAAUGAUUUGUCUGAUUUUAAACUACUGUUAAGCAAAUUAAAACAUGAAGCUCUGAUACUGUAAUAGUAGGACUCAUGUUAGAGGUCGUUUCAUAUUUUUGGAGAAUAUAUUUUUCAGUAUGGUAGAACAUUGUGAUUGGAGAUGGUCAGGUGAAAAGCUUCAUGGAGAUCCUCAGCUAUAUUCUACAUCUAUUGUUCAACAUUAAAAUUACUUGAAUGAAAAUUGGUGAUUGGAUGAAAAUGAGCAUUAGUUUCUGUUAUUACAAUCUGUUUUGUUUGAAUGUAAAAAAAAACUGUUAAAGCUGCAACAGCACUUGAUAUUAAGGAAAAUGCAUUGUACAUGCUCUUUUGUACAGAAGUCCCAAAAUAGCAGACACUAACGUAUUGAAGUAGUUUUACCGGAUCAAGCAGUAGUUUCUGAACUUCCAUUACUGUCUUAUAUGGGGGUUGGGACAAAUGGUACAUACAGAGAAAAGAAAGAAAUAGAACUGCUCCUUUGUGUCAUGUGAUUUUAGCUUUGUUGCUGACAGAAGCUGUGAGAUGUAUGUAAGACUGCUCAGUCCAUGCUGGAAAUGUGAAUACCUAGUGCUGGUGCUGUAGCUAAGAAUAUUGUAAAUUCUGAUGGGUAUUUUCAACUGUAUAUUAUUGCACAGCCUUGGUUUGAAAGGAAUAAAAUACCCAAAUCAGACAUUCAUAA